AUGUUAGGCUAUGUAUUUUCAGCAUUUGACGAAAAUAGCAAGGAAAAGGUUGCAAUCAAGAGAUCUCAGAAGAUAGGCAACAAGGUCUCCAGAGAGUACGAGGUACUUGAUGCCCUUAGAGAAAAGGACAAUGUUCUACAGCUGCUGAAUUUUUUCUAUACAGUGGACUAGAAACAACGAGUGAUUUAAAAUUCAGUGUUUGAAUUUUGUGAUGGCAACCUCGAGAAUGUAAUAGUGAAGCAUACCGAUGCAAAUACCUAUUUGCCUAUUGAUGAAUUAAAGAGAUAUGUGAAAGAGAUUUUGAAUGGACUGGAUGAGAUGCAUUAAAUGAAGAUUGUGCACAGAGACUUGAAGCCAGAGAACAUUCUUCUAAAAAAUGGACAGGUGAAGAUUUGUGAUUUUGGCUCCUCAAAGUUCCUGGACGAUGUCACAUUCAAAAAUACCCCUUAUGUUGUAAGUAGAUACUACAGAGCACCUGAACUUAUCCUUGCCACCACAAAGUAUGACACAUCCAUCGAUAUCUGGGGUAAGAUUUAAAUAUUUAAUCAUUUAGCUGUUGGAUGCAUUUUAUUUGAACUGAUAACAAAGACUCCCCUUUUUCCGGGAGAUUCAGAAGGACUGCAACUUCUUGAGCAAGGUGCAAUUAUUGGCUCUCCAAGUGAUGAUGAAUUGGAUUAACUUGAUAAAAUUAUUCCUCAUGACACAGUCAAAAUCUUAAACUCAGUUAGAGACUUAGAAAGAAUCGAUAUGGAAUGCCUACUUAGAAAGAGCCAUUACUUAGAGAAAGAAAUAAGAGAUGCUGCUGACCUUAUCUUUAAAAUGCUUAAAUGGGUGCCUAAGAGUAGACUAUCAGCUUCUGCUGCAAUGAUGCAUCCAUUCCUAAGAGAUACAAGCAUCAACUUGAAUCAGAACUAUUCAUAAAUGGGCAAAUUUGCCUCAGAGUAUUCUAUCUGA